CGGCUGAGCAGGCAGAAUGAGGUGCUGGUUUAUCCCCGGUGACCACUGAGCCUCUGCCUUUUGCUGCAAAGAUUUUAGGGAAUUUUGGGUGAUGCCCUGCUCAGGACCUGUUUGUAGCAUACAGCCAGAGGGGGCACCGUGCUGGUUUUUAUGAUGCUGUUAUUUAAUGAGAAGGUAGAAAACUGGGAGCUUCCCAACUGCUUGACUUGUGAACUUUGGGUAAGAAGAGAAGCCGUUCCAAAGGUGAGCUCAUUUCUAACCCCGGGAAAUGACUUCAUGGACGCUGGUAUUUACUCACAAAAACAUUGCAUGUCAGAUGUCCCUGACUAGACUUUCUGUUUCGAGUCCAGUAUGAGACAAAAAUUUCCUUGGACUAGACAAUUCAAGGUUUGGAGGAGGAGGAGAAGAAUUGGAGGGGGAAAAAAUAUCAGAAUGUAAAAAAACCCUGAAAUGGUGAGGUUUUUCUGAGCAUAGGGGAGUUUUUGGCAGACAACCUGGCAGAAGCACCUGCCUGGGGUGAGGGUGCAGGGAGUGAGGGUGCAGGUGAUGGGUCCAGCCAAAGAAUCACCCAUUGUUACUCCCCCAUAAUUCCCAGCAGCUGGAGUUUCUCUCAGAGGGGAAAACAAAAGUUUUUCUUUUUUUGGGAAGCCAAGACCCUGGCAGUGAUUUGUCAGGAUAAACAGCAGCAGGUUCCCUGCCCCGCAUUUGCACUAGGUUAAUGGAAACUAUAUCCCACGCUGUUUUCCCUGGAUAAGAUCCCAGUUUAUAUGGGAUGUCCGAUGGAAAAACACAACACUUUUAUUUAAGGUCUGCUCGUGCAGAAAUUGCCACUGAGGCUGUGCUACCCAGUGUGGCUUUCUGGUUUCUGUUUUCUCCAGCAUCCUGGGAUGAUCUGUGGGGAUCUGGGGAGAUAAGUCCUAUUUGGGGAUGCUGGGGGAUGCUCUGUCCCCUCAUGACCCAGUGCUGGGCUGCAAUUCUGGGGAUGUACUGGGGCACCAUCCCAAAAGGAGAGGGUUUUGGGAAGAGCCAAGCUGGGAUGUAUGGAAACAAGCCCUUCCUGCCAGCACUGUUUCCUAAUCCUGGAGACCAAACCACUCUGAUUGUUAAACCAGUGUUCAGAGAUUCGGCUGAAGGCUGCUGAGCAGACAACAUCCAAGCUGACCUUUGAGGAGAUGAACAAAAAAAAGAGGGAGAAAACACAAGGGGUUACUGUGCAAACGCCGGAGAAAAAUAGUCAUUUCAAUUAGGGACCCCACCCUUAAAAUAAGACUUAUUGCUAAUGCAUGCCCAGGACAUUUCUGCAUGAUGGUAUGCUAAAAAAAUCCUCUCUGAACAGGGACUAAAGGCUUUGUUGUGUCAUGAGCAAGACUUACAGUUCCCAAGAAAAAUCCUGUCCCUCUCUUGCAUCAUACAGUCGGGGAUGAGGAGGACAUUUCUAGACAAAAAGGCCAGCAGCCAGAACGAAGGACAAACACAGAAUACAUUCCUGACUCGCUAUUUAAUUGCUUUCAUGCAGGUGCAACGGGCUAAACGAAAGCAAAAAUAAGGAUGAGUGUGUGGGGCCGAAUCUCGGCUUUAAGCAGGAGCCCAACGCCUGGAGGAGGUGGCUGCUGUAACAAACAGGCUUCCACCCAACUUCUUUGUGGGUUUUCUGCUGUUUUUCUCCCAGGGACCAGGCUGGUUCCUGUGGCACUGAGGGGCGAUGCCCCUGCCAGGUAAGGAGGUGAUGGGGACAGUCCCCUCCCACGUUGCAGGAGUGGCUGGUGCUCAUGGGCAGUGCUAAUGGUGGGUUUGUUUUUUUCUUUCCUCUUGGAUGUAAAGCACUUUGAAUGCAGGAAUUUCCCUCUGAGGCUUCGAGCAGAGAGUUUCCAGCCUGAUCCCUUUUGGCAGUUCCAUGCAGAAGUGAUGGAGGUUUUAGGGGACUCUGGGGUGAACGUGGUCCGGUGCCUGCAGCAUCUCUUGCUCUCAGGAGCUGCUUCCGCUGCCACACAGUUUGACUCUUAAACCCACAAAGGGGAAAAAAUCCUUUUCUGCUUGUGCCCAGGAGCACUCCUGCCAGCAGAGCAAUUUCAGAGAUGGUGCAACCCCACUCAGAGCUUGGGCAUUUCCUCCUGAAAAUAAGUGGGAAGGGGUUUAAUGAUGGAAAACCUAUCCCAGAAAGUGAAUCUCCUCCUCCUGGGGAAAAAUGCAGAGCCACCACUGCCAGCCUGGGACCUGCAGGGAUCUGUACACCAUGUACUCCUUAAUUUAAUAGCCUAGGAGAUGUGAAGGUCUAUUUGCAUGUCAUUAAAGUCCCCAAGGUGCAACUGGGAAUGUGUUUGCUGGUGCUGGCCCCAGCAGGGCUUGGGGCUGGCCCUCUGUCACCCCUACAGCUCUUUUGCUGGCCAGAGGAGCACCAUGUCCUCAGUUUCCCUCCCUGCCCUUGCAUUGCAUAUCAUAUUUUUUAAGCUCUUGUGAGCUCUUUGUCCCUCUCAAGGUCCUUCCCUCUCACUGCCUUAUGCUGCAAGAAACAUAGAAAGAAGAAGAUGGGAACUGAUAGAGUGCAGAAAAAAAAAAGUGUAUUCAUUAUAGUGGCAAAAUGCCCCGAGUUUCUUCUUAUUAAUCCCCUCCUUGCAGCAUUUCCAGUCCAGGCACAUACCUGUGAUGCUCCCACAGACCCGUGUGGUCCAGGAGCAUCGCUGAGGGGGGGUGUGUGUGUAUGUGUCUGUGAGUCUCCCGGUUGUCUGAGCAACGGGACAUUCAUCACCAACUCCAGGGAUAAUUAACUCAUUUUCCUGUAUUUAUAGCAAACCAGUGCAGGGAGUAUUGGCACUUAUCCCUCACAGGGCCACAUUUGGCCACGAUGUUUUGAAUUUUGGCCAUUUCUUGCAUUACGGCAGCUUUGUCAUCAUCCCCACUGCCUGCUCAUUAAUAGGGCAGCUCGUUAAGCUGAUGAGGGCAGGGGUGGUGGUGGCUGCCUGAGCCAGGCUGCCCGUGGGUGCCCACCUCAGCGUGCCCCACUCUCGGUUUGCCGGUGCAGGGAAUGUUUGCAGCAGCAUUCCCAUCUCCAGAUGCCUGCAUACGCCUGUGCUAACAGCAGCGUCGCUCCCGGCUUGGCUGCUGGCAAGGGGAGAUUUUACUGCUUCAAGGUUUGUUGCAGGGAGGUGAUGCAAAGAAACACUGGAGCAUCCUGACUCAGCACCGCAGCAGUGGGAGACCCGUGGGAAAGACACGGAGCGUCUUCUCUUGGCAUCAGGGCAUGCAUAUGCCAGGGGAUGAGCGAGGAGCAGCUCCCUGCAUCUGCCCACUGCCCCCCCACGCGGGAGGGCACCAAUGUCUCAGCCUCUGCCUACCCCCAGUACUGGGUCGAGCCGCGGUUCACACGAGCAGCAAAGGUCCGUGUGAUCAUCACAGCCAUCUUCUUCCUGCUGGCGGCGGGCAGCAACGCGGCGGUGCUGGGCAGCCUGCUGAGGAAGAGGAGGAAAUCCCACGUGCAGCCGCUGAUCCUCAGCCUGGCUCUGGCCGACCUGCUGGUGACGGUGACAGUGAUGCCCCUGGACGCGGCGUGGAAUGUGACGGUGCAGUGGUACGGAGGGGACAUCUCCUGCAAGGUCCUCAACUUCCUCAAGCUCUUUGCCAUGUAUGCGGCUGCCCUGGUGCUGGUGGUCAUCAGCCUGGACCGGCACGCAGCUGUGCUCCAUCCCUUCUCCCGCGCUCACCGCCGCAAUGGGAUGCUGCUCCGCGCCGCCUGGGCCGGCAGCGUGCUCCUGGCUUUGCCCCAGCUUUUCCUCUUCCACUUGCACACGAUUCCGGGAGGGAACUUCACCCAGUGUGUCACGCACGGGAGCUUCCGGGCACACUGGGAGGAAACUGUCUACAACAUGUUCACCUUCACCACCCUCUACAUCACCCCCCUGAGCGUCAUGGUUGUUUGCUACAUCAGGAUCCUUUGGGAGAUCAGUAGGCAGCUAAAGAUCAAUAAAGGUUUGACAAGAAGUCAGAAUGACCACAUCUCCAAGGCACGCAUGAAGACUCUCAAGAUGACCGUAGUGAUUGUUGCCACCUUCAUCAUCUGCUGGACCCCAUACUACCUCCUGGGCCUGUGGUACUGGUUCCAGCCAGCCAUGAUUCAGAAGAUGCCAGAGUAUGUCAACCACAGCUUCUUCCUCUUUGGCUUGCUGCACACCUGCACAGACCCUGUCAUUUAUGGACUCUACACCCCCUCCUUUCGGGAGGAUGUGCAGUUGUGUCUCAGGGGCAUCGAAACAGCUAUCACCAGGCACAAGAGACACAAACCCAUCUCAGCCUCAGAGAAGAACAUCAAGGAUGGUGCUGUAAAUGGUGCAGUGGCCUCAGGGGGCUCCAAUGGGACAACUGCCAGUGCAGUCUGAUGGAGAGAUGUACCCACACGGAGAAGGGAGGCACAGCUUUGGGGCUGCUUUGUCCUGUAGGAUCAUUCUGCAGACUGUUCUAAGGAGGUUUGCCACCCAGCUUUGGUGGGUGAGGGUCUCUGGCCAGGAACAGGGAAUGCAUCUCCUGCCUGUACUCAGGGUGAAAAAUAUUUGGGGGUAUUUAUGGUCAUUCUGCCAUAUUCUGGCAGCCCUGUGACAACUAGAAAAACAUCCUUUUUGUACCCUAUGCAUGCUCUAUCCCUGAUUCUGGGGUCAAGCUUCUGCACACUUCCAGCAUCCACCCCUGGGAGGAGACUUGCCAUGUCCUCUGUGGUCCAGGACCAUGUCUGUGGGGUGUCCAGUCUUCAAGUGCCCCUUGCAGCUACACCCCGGUGUGGAGAUGCAUGGACGGUGUCACCCUGAGGCUGCAAAGGUGCAAUCACAGGCUUUUACUCCGUUUUCUCCACCCAUUGUAGGAAAAGCUCCCUGGAAAUUUCGGAUCUCCUGGCUCAGAGCCUGCCUGGUUCUCCCAUGGCUGUGUGACAAGCCCUGGGAAAGCUCUAAAUAUCUGAGAGUUGACUAAUGCAAGGGCAUUAGUUCUGUGGGGAUGGAUUGACUUCGACAAGAAGGGUACAAAGAACCACAGUGGGAUAGGUAUAAGGUGGGGGUUCUUCUCCCUUUUGGAGAUAACCAGAAGGGAAAACAGUCCCUGCUCCACGUUCUGGUGUGCAGGGGAUGGUAUGGAUGCAUCCUUACACAGCAGUUUGGGACACAGGGCUGACCAGGAGGGAGGGUGUUUGGGGUAAUCAGAGAGUGACAACCAGACAUGACCCUGCCCAGGACCCCUCUGGACCUCUCUGUCCCCAUGUCCCAGGGCACGAGCUGGCAUGUUGCAGACCACUUGCUGGACACAUUUGCUUUGCCCAAUGCCAGCCCAGUGCCAGCCCCUUGGCUUUGCCCAAGCAGGGCAGGUGCAGACACCCCACAGGUGAUGCCAGAAGUGUCCCAACAGGGAAGGUGAUGGGAAACAGCUGGUGGAUGGAGGGGCCCAUCAGUAGUUGUCAGUGCCAGGUGGGGGCUGACAGUCUUUGGCUGCACUGUGAGGGCAAAGGAGGCUUCUGGAGGAGUCAGUCGAGCUGUGGUGAGUAAGAUGGGUUAUUUGCUUUCUACCAUGGUGCCAAAGGUUGCUUGAGAACAUGGAGGGUAUGCAUUGAAGAGGUGUUUUUUUUCAAUUGUGUUGUUCUUUCCAGGUAAUUAGAAAUAGUGGAUUAUUUCGUUUUUCAUUCUCUGAUGAUGGUUAUUAAAUGUGGUUUUUUCCUUUUGAAGAGAAAUUUAGUUUUGAGCCAGGUGGGUUUUUGGUUUGUUUUUUUUUUAGUUUUGUGAAACUUUGGGCAGUCAGGAGCUCUGGACUUGGCAGGAAGCACUUCCUUGGCUAUUUUUGUGGCCACCUCAGCUUUGAACAAGCAUCUGGACUUUAUCAGGAUGAAAGAGCUUUGUUUUAAAAACAACUCUUGGCUUGCUGUGGUUGCAUGUGUAGGGAGCUGGAAGAUGUCUCUCCCCAAGAAAGCAAAUUUCCCUUGGGCAUUGAGGGGGCCUUUUCUCAAUCUUGUCUCUAAGAGGGGAUGGCUCCCCAUCAGUCAAAAAGGAUCUGCACUGGUCUCCCAGUGCCCCAGAUAACAAUUUAUUAAAGCUGGAGGGGUGGUAAGCAGUCCUUGUAGGCUGGCUGAGGGUGGGCAAUGAGGACAUGGGAAGCCAGAGCGCUCAAGGUGAGCUGUAGUCUGAUGUUGGGCACUUGCCUUUCCCCAUGCUAACAAUUUAUGCUAAACAUGCUGCCCAAGGAGAAAAAAAAAAAUCAAUUAGAACUGCAGGAGCCCAGACCAACUGGUGGAGAUUAGUGUGAGCCAUUUAGGAAGCAUCCAAACUCCAACAAGAUGAGUAAUCACAGUAUGACUUUCCUGGGCUUGUCCUGCUCAAGGUUAAUUACACAAUGCAGGAGUUGGCUGAUGCCAGGCUGGCAAAAAUGGGCCUCUUGUAAGGUGGUGGAGAUGGCUGACAGUAGAAGAAGCUAUACUCAUCAACACUCCUUUGGUCUCUCUGUAUAUGUUGCUUAUGAUGGCUGAUGGGAGGCAGAACUUGAAGGUGUGUUGAUUUUUCUGGCAAGCCUUCAAUAAGCAGGAAAGUGUCUUUAAUCUACUGAAAACUUUCUUCAUCCACUUCUUGCUGAGUGAGAGGGAACAGGUCUGACAUUGCUCAUGCACUUAAGACCACAUGUCCUCUCUUGCCCAGCAGCAGGAGAGCUUGGAGAUCUUCUCUGAGGAGCAAGAAGCACUUUUUCUCUUCUGUGAGGGAUCCACCAUUUUUACAUCCCAUGGGUACAGUGAGAGGGCUGAAGCAGGUUUGGCUUGAGGUGGACUCAAUGAUCUUAGAAUCCUUUAGGUUGGAAAAGACCUCUAUGAAGAGCAGGAAAACUGGGAUGCUGGCUAGUAUACAUACCUUGGUCCUUAGGGGAAGCAUGGCACAUCCCUUGGGAUGCUUGUGGGCACUCCAGUGCUAUUCCUUUUGCCCACCUCUUUGAUACCUACCCUCCUGUUGCUGGUGCUCAAAUGGACAUUUUGGGAAGCCUGGAGAGUGGGCAAGGUUCCCAAAGUGCCAGUUUUCAUGAUAGAAGGAAAAUGUCACUGGAAGAGCGUGCUGCCAAGCCGUGUGCCCUCCACAUGUGGGAAGGGGGAAUGAGCAGGUGGGCAGCACCUCCCUGGGGGAGCGGGGAUCGACCUGGGUUUGGGUCCUGCCAUAGGUGGACCAAAGCUAGGCCUGGUUUGGAUAUUCCUCUAUUUCUGGUUCUGCUUUUCUUAAAUUUGCUCAUACUGCAGAGAGCACAUGAUUUUUGCAUCACUUACCAGGAGCAUGAAUCGCACACCCUUGCUUCUCCCCACCCUGGGGGUGGUCCUUUCUUCAGAGGUUCCCUCUCUGCCCAUAUUGCCUCAAACCCCUGAUUUCCAACAGCCCUUCUCCUCAGCUGGCUCCUGAGAUCUCCAUACAUAUAUAUAGUGAAAAAAACCCCUUAUAUUUAUGUGUAUAUUAUAUAUUUCCCCUUAUGGGAGGAAAAUCCUCCCACGAAGCCUGCUCGUCCCCACCAGAAAGCACCAGCUGCCAUGCUCCUCCUUGCAGUCCCAGCAGGAUCAAGUUUGUCUGAUUCAGUAACAGUUCUUUAAUAUUCACCACAGUAAUGUAACAAACACAUUAAUAAGCACAGGUAGCUCUAUAUUUUACAACUCCUCACCCUGGGCCGCCCGUUUCAGACACAGCGGCCCUUUGUUCGGGAGGAAAUUCUGAUUCAUUCCCUGUUAGUGUUUUCAUAGCACUGUGCAUGUUCAAAGAGCCACGCAAGUGGCUUAAGAGGCUAACACAAACCUUGGGGUUAAUUCAUAAUACUGUUAGUUACUCAGCACAAUACCCACAUUAAUCCAGCUGACUGCACCUCGCCACGUUGGGAAACACAUGCUGAAAUCAGCAGGGAGCACAGAAAACAAGCGUGGGAGUAGGAUGUUAAGUAUUUUGCCAGCCCACUAGGUAGAAUGUGAGCAUCUUAGAUGUAUUUAAAAUAUUUUCCCGUUGCCUUGCUCCGCAGCUGUGGCACGGAGGAGGCUGUGCCCAGCAUCCCUGCAGGCCUGGGAGCAAGGAAUGGGGCUAUGAGCCCUCCAAGGGACACUCCAGACACUAUAUCAGGACUCUGCCUCUACCUGCAGCCCCCCUUAUUUUUUUUUUUUUUAAGUCUGUUCAAACUGAUAAAGACAGAAAAGGCUGGUUUUUUUCCUUUAAUACCUGCUGAUCUCAUUGCAGAGCUGGACUGUGCAUGUCUGCCAUGAGCCCCCACAAUGCUUUUUCUCUCCGGGGAUAUGGCCUGAAGCUAUUAUUACUCCUUUUGCUUAUUCUCAGAAACUUUCCUAUGCAAAGAAACCCUAAGAAAAGAGCUUCAAAUCCUUGCUGUGUUCCUGUCAUCUGGCUCAGGAGCUCCCAGGUUUGUGCCUUUCCCUGCAGUGCCAGAAGACAGCCAUCCCACAACUGCUGCCGAACCCCCACCUUUUCCAAAGGGCCCCAAAUAGCCCAUCUGUUCCAAAAGAUGGGGUUUUUUUCAGACAUAUAAGGCUUUUAGCUACCCAGUACCUAGAUUUUAGCUAUGCAGCAUCAAAUACUCUAGGUUUUCUGGCUGGCACAUUACCUCCCCUAAACUUGCAUAUUUAUAUGGCACAACAUUUAAUAUAACAUGCUGAGGUGGACCAAAAAUAGGCACCUAUUCCCAGGACCCACGUGUCUCAAACCCCAAGUUUCUGCAUUGAAAUACCAAGGAGUAAACUACUAUAAAGUAGUUGAAUCUGUUGCACAAUAAAUUAUUAAGUUCACGUAUAUUUUAAUUGCAAAUCACUGCUAUAAUUAGCAUGGACACUUCUUGGGCUGAGGCGCCACAACAUGCUUUGACACUGAGCAUUAUUAACGGGCUGUAAAAGGCAAUGGGGAAUUGGAUUAUAAUGUUCUUGUUUUGCAAGUUGUAUGGUGAAUAAAUAAAUUUGUUCUGGCAGCACAAUUAA